AUGUAUGAUAGUGAAGAAGUAAGUUGCCGAAGGUUUACUUAUGAAGUUGAAGAACUAACUGUGCUAAAAACAACCCGGUGUUUUGUUAGAGGGCAUUUUUAUACCAAGGAAAUAUCAGAGUUGUCUUGUUGGAAUUCGAUAAUAUCGGGGUAUAAAAGAAAUGGGGAUUUAGUUGGAGCCAGAGAAUUGUUCGAGUCCAUGCCGUCAAGGAAUGUGGUUUCUUGGACUGCAAUUAUUUCAGGGUAUUCGCAAAAUGGACUGUAUGAUAAUGCACUUGAAAUGUGUUUGAGAAUGGAAGGGGAGAAUGGGGUUCCGCCCAAUGAGGUCACACUUGCUAGUGUUCUUCCAGCUUGUGCUAAUCUUGGGGCUUCAGAGAUUGGAGAAAGAAUCGAAACUUACGCUAGGGGGAAGAGGUUCUUAAGGAAUAUAUAUGUCAGUAAUGCUUUGUUGGAGAUGUAUGCGAAGUGUGGGAAGAUCGAUGCAGCGAGACGAAUUUUUGAUGAGAUCGGCAGUAAGAGAGACUUGUGUACUUGGAAUUCAAAGAUCAUGUGCAUGGCUGUCCAUGGGAGAUCGAUGGAAGGGCUGGAACUUUUUCAUGAAAUGGUGCGAGGAGGGACGGCCCCAGAUGAUGUAACAUUUGUAGGGGUUCUUCUUGCAUGCACUCAUGAUGGUCUAGUUGAAGAAGCUUAUCAGUUCUUUAAAUCAAUGAAAAAAGAUUUUUCCAUCACGCCUAAGCUAGAACAUUACAGUUGCAUCGUUGAUCUCUUAGGUCGAGCUGGAAAACUAAAGGAAGCUUAUGAUCUCAUAAAAAGUUGCAAUACCGAAUACUUACAGUGGAAGUGUAGUGAAAUUAAAUGGCCUUCAUUUACUCAAUUAGAAGGCCAAAAACAUGAGCACUGUUAUGAACUUUCUACUUUUCAUGUAAAAACAAGAAAUCUACACAUAUAUGAUUAUAUAAAUCGAAUAAUUGACGGGAAUUUUCUUCUCUUCGUAUUGUUUAAAACAACCUCAUAG